AGCGGAGCCGAGCCCAGCCCCGCACUGCGUGCCGCGCUCCCCGGCCUCACCAUGGGCAACAGCGCAGGCCGCAGCGACUUUGAGUGGGUCUACACGGACCAGCCGCACACGCAGCGCCGCAAGGAGAUGCUCGCCAAGUACCCGGCCAUCAAGGCCCUGAUGCGGCCGGACCCUCAUCUCAAGUGGACGGUGCUGGGGCUGGUGCUGGCACAGCUGCUGGCCUGCUGGCUGGUGCGGGGGCUGGCGUGGCGCUGGCUGCUCUUCUGGGCCUACGCCUUCGGCGGCUGCGUCAACCACUCGCUGACGCUGGCCAUCCACGACAUCUCUCACAACGCCGCCUUCGGCACGGGCCGCGCCGCCUACAACCGCUGGUUCGCCAUCUUCGCCAACCUGCCGGUGGGCGUGCCCUACGCCGCCUCCUUCAAGAAGUACCACGUGGACCACCACCGCUACCUGGGCGGCGACGGGCUGGACGUGGACGUGCCCACGCGCCUCGAGGGCUGGCUUUUCUGCACGCCGGCCCGCAAGCUGCUCUGGCUGGUGCUGCAGCCCCUCUUCUACUCGCUGCGGCCACUGUGCGUGAACCCCAAGGCCCUGACCCGCAUGGAAGUGUUCAACGCCCUGGUGCAGCUGGGGGCCGACGCGGCCAUCUUCGCCCUCUGGGGGCUCAAGCCCGUGAUCUAUCUGCUGGCCAGCUCCCUGCUGGGCCUGGGCCUUCACCCCAUCUCCGGCCACUUCGUGGCUGAGCACUAUAUGUUCCUCAAGGGCCACGAGACCUACUCCUACUAUGGGCCCCUCAACUGGAUCACCUUCAACGUGGGCUACCACAUGGAGCACCACGACUUCCCCAGCAUCCCGGGCUGCAACUUGCCCCUGGUGCGGAAGAUCGCGCCCGAAUACUACGACCACCUGCCACAGCACCACUCGUGGGUCAAGGUGCUCUGGGAUUUUGUGUUCGAGGACUCCUUGGGGCCCUAUGCCAGGGUGAAGCGGGUGUGCAAGCUGGCAGAGGACCGCCUGUGAGCCUGACCCGCUGGCGCCCGAGUGGAUGGGCCCUGCUGUGCUUUUGCGGGCUGGCUGCCAGGCCUCACCCUGCCCCACCCACCUGCUGCAGCGCUGCUUGUCACUGUCCCCCAUCGGCCCAGUGCCCAGAACUGGUUUGGCUGCAUUUGGUCCCGCAACCUGGGCUGUCCCCCAGACUUCCCAGGACCACACCUGGGGUUGCGGGGCACAGGCUGUGGCCUGGAGAAGCCAGGUCUGCAUGGGCACUUGCUACUGACUGCAGGCCACGGCCGCCCUCGGCCCUGCCCCUGCCCCGAACGCUCUGUGACCAGGCUCCACGGAGCGGAUUUCUCUGAUGUUCCCAUGCCUUAAAUUAAAGUAGUGUUGUUUUCACAUCCA